GUCUGCUUUGCAGUGAAACAUUCAUUAUGAUCUGUAAACCAUCUCAUACCUUAAUGUUAACUUUUGGCAUUUGGAUGGCUGUUUUGCAUACGGGAUCUCCUGUAGAAACCGAGGGGGUCUCUCAGCCUACUCCGCUGAUGACGGCCAAGAUCGGCACGGCUGCCACUUUGGAAUGCUUUAUACCCCCCAACAGAGUGAAUGAUCCUAUAGUUUGGUACAAGCAGGGUGUUGGGCAGAUGCCACGGGUGUUAGGGACAGCUCAGCAUUUUGUGUCUCCUAUACUCUACGGUGAAUUCAACAAUAGCCGUUUCAGCAUACUCAAAGGAUCCGGAUCACCCCAUCUGUCUAUAUCAAACAUUCAGUUAUCUGAUGAAGCUUCUUACUUCUGUGGAGUCAGGAUUGUUUAUGAUAUUCACUUUGGAAAUGGAACAUAUUUGUUUGUGGAAGAAAAAGAUCAGCUGAGGUCCACAGAUGUGAUCCAGGCCACACUUUCAGGUCCAGUUCUCCAGGGACAUUCAGAGACACUGGAGUGUGUUGUGCUGACUAACAACACAACUAAGGAUCUCAGAGUGUUCUGGUUCAGACCCGCUUCAGGAGGUUCCCAUCCAGGGGUCAUUUACACCAACAAGAGCUGGACUGGGCCGUGUGAGGGUCGCUGUGUCUACAGUCUCCCAAAGAAGGACGUCAACAUCUUUGAUGCUGGAACCUACUACUGCGCCAUAGCCACAAGUGGACAAAUCCUGUUUGGCAAUGGAACAGCAAUUGUCAUUUCUGAACCAGUAAAUACUGUACUGGUUGGUUUGGUUGUGGCUUUGGGUUGCUGUGUCACAUUGAUGAUUUUUCUUGUUUGGUUGAAUUGCCAGAAGAGAGUUACAUGUGACAACUGUAAGAUGAGAGACUUGCAGCAUGUUAGAGACUUUGAUAUCAGACAAAGAAGUGGUCAGGCUGGUGCUGCUGAGGGCCUGAACUAUGCAGCGUUGAGUUUCUCUAAGAAGGAUCCCAGGGGCAAGAGAACUAAGAGAGAGCUGCCACCAGACGCUGUUUAUUCUGCUGUUAAUCUCUGACCAGUCCUGCUCACAGUGUCAUACUGUAGCAGACAACAUCUACUGUAGUCAGUUUGUGUCGGUUAUUAACCUGUUGUUACAUUCAAGUAUUAUAUUUCCCUUGUAUGUAUUAUAUUCCUCCUGUUCCAACAGACAUUUGCAUACUGUAUAGUUGAAGCACAUUGGCAUGUAGCCAAUUUUGAUUA